UCCACUGUCAGCACACACACAAGCAAUGGGAGAAACGCAGUCUAAACCUGCUGAAGAUGUAAAGCCGGAGUCGCCAUUUCUAGAUAAAGCAUGGAGGGAAAUAAACUGGAGCGGAGACAAAUACACAGAUCUGCAGUUUGUGAACGACUACAAUCCUCAGACUGAAGGUCAGCAGCUCAGGAUUCUUCUUCAUGGGCUGAGUGGAGCUGGAAAGUCCAGUUUCAUCAACUCUGUCCACAGUGUCUUAAAAGGCAGAAUAAGCGCACUGGCUUUGGUGGACGGCAUUGCUCAUAGCUCUUUCACCAAACAGUACACGACCUACAAGAUCGAAAAGGGAAACCCAAACACCUUUUACCCCUUUGUCUUAAAUGACAUGAUUGGUAUGAAAAACGCCAAUGACAGAGUCCAUGUGAAAGAUAUCAAACGGGCGCUGAGGGGACAUGUGAAAGACGGUUACACGUUCAAUCCUGUCUAUAAGUUAUCAAAGGAAGAUCCGUACUACAACGAGUCCCCAACCAUCAACAACAAAGUGCACAUUCUGGUUUGUGUCAUUGAUGCCAGCACAGACGAUCUGUGCGGGGAAAAUGUUGCUGCGACACUACGGGAUAUCAGACUUGAAGCCAGUGAACUGGGGAUUCCUCAAGUGGCCGUUUUCACCAAAAUUGAUGAGGCCUUCCCCGAGAUUAAACAAGAUAUAAGGAACAUCUACAAAAGCAAAAAGCUAAAGGCAAAGAUGCAGAAGUUCAGUGUAAACGUGGGUAUUCCAAUGAACUGCAUCUUUGCUGUCCAGAACUACCAUUCAGAAAUGCACCUCCACAAUGACAUUGACACUCUAAUCCUGAGCACUCUGAGACGCAUCAUCGCCUUUGGAGAUGACUUCCUCAAUAAACAAAAUAUGUGCUAAAUGUUAAGACAGGUUUGCUGAAAGAACGUUGGCUGAAUUUCAUAAAACUAUUGUGUGACAAAAGACCACAAUCGCAUUUGUGUUUUGUUUGCAGCUUUUUUUUCAAACAACUUUAUUUUAAGUUUAAGUAGAGAUCCAAAUGUUUCCAGAAAUGUCAACUUUGUGUAAA